AAAAUAUUGCAUUGACCAAGAGUAUAGCGCAAAUUAGUCGGGCCUUCGAACCUCCAUUGCUUUUUUUUUUUUUGAGCCUCCAUUGUUGGCUACCAAAAAAUUCACUCCUACCCUAGAAGAAAACCCCAAAUCUUGACGGCAAAAGGAUAUUCUUCAAGUUAUAGACUUGCAGUUUUUGGAAUGGAGGAAACGAAGCAGCCACCAGCACAAAAGAUACAGAUAUACCCCACCUCCACUGGUGAAAUAUCUCCUUUCUGGAGAGAGAAGUACGAAAGAGAUGCAAAGAAGUACUGGGAUAUCUUUUACAAGCGCCAUCAAGACAAAUUCUUUAAAGACAGGCAUUACCUGGACAAGGAAUGGGGUCAAUACUUCUCUGGGACUGAUGAGAAAGUCAUUCUUGAGGUUGGGUGUGGGGCUGGAAAUACCAUCUUUCCCUUGCUUGCUACAAUACCAAACAUCUUCGUCCAUGCCUGUGAUUUUUCACCUCGAGCUGUGAACUUAGUUAAGUCGCACAAGGAUUUUGAUGAUGCUCGGGUGAAUGCAUUUGUCAUUGAUCCAACAGUGGAUGACCUGAUCCAGCAUAUUUCUCCUUCAUCAGUGGAUGUUGUUACCAUGAUAUUUGUUCUAUCUGCAGUAUCCCCCGAGAAGAUGCCUCUGAUGUUACAAAACAUCAGAAAAGUUCUGAAGAAAGAUGGCUGUGUCUUAUUUCGGGACUAUGCAACUGGUGACCUUGCUCAGGAAAGGCUUACCUCCAAGGAACAAAAAAUCAGUGAUAACUUCUAUGUCCGGGGUGAUGGGACUCGGGCUUUCUACUUUUCUGAUGAGUUUUUAUUGAAUCUCUUCAAUGAAAAUGGUUUUGAUGCUAAGGAGCACAUCUUGUGUUUCAAGCAAGUGGAAAAUCGGUCAAGGGAGUUGGUGAUGAAUAGGCGCUGGGUUCAAGCUGUAUUCCGUGUUGGUAGUGGAAUAUCUGGAGGGAAAACCGAAAGCAAGGUGAAAUUCCUUGGUAAGGAUAAUGAUAAACCUGAAAUACCAAAAAUUAACCUUGAAGACUCUGCAAAUGAGACAGAAGUUGACAUAUCUGAGGGGAUGGCUCUUGAAAUGUUUGGUAUUUCAUCUCCUAAGGAGGAGAAUCUUGAUGUCAUCUCCAGAUACUAUUCUUUCAAGAUAAAGGUCCUCUCAAAAGAGUAUCAGCAUACCUGCAAAUCAACUGGCUUAAUGUUAUGGGAAUCAGCUCGGCUUAUGGCUUCUGUGCUGGCUGCUAACCAGACCAUUGUUUCAGGAAGAAGUGUUCUAGAGCUGGGUUGUGGAUGUGCGGGCAUUUGCUCCAUGGUUGCUGCUAGAUCUGCUAACCUUGUGGUUGCCACUGAUGGAGACAUAAAAACACUCGAUCUGUUAAAACAGAAUCUCGUUUUGAAUCUUCAACCACCAACUCUUGCAAGUCUAAUAACAAAAAGGCUUGAGUGGGGAAACAGAGAUGAUGUAGAGUCCAUCAAGAGGCUAAAUGACAGAGGUUUCGAUGUCAUAAUAGGCACAGAUGUCACUUAUAUUGCUGAAGCAAUUUCUCCUUUGUUUGCAACUGCAAAAGAGCUUAUCCGAUCCAGUAGAGGCGAUGAGGAGGAUAGAACACCAGCUCUAAUUCUUUGUCAUGUCUUGCGCAGAGUUGAUGAACCAUCUAUACUUUCAGCAGCGUCCGAAUUUGGUUUCAGGUUGGUGGAUAAGUGGCCUAAUGCACUAACCUCAACUAGUACAUUUCAGGACAUAAUCCAAAGUUGGUUCUCAGAUGGCAGCCUUGAAACUUGUGUUCCUACCACUGCAUUGAAUAUUCUGUAUUUCCACAAGUUGUAGGUUCAGAUCUUGGAGGAAUUUUGUUAUUUGCAUCCAGGGAAAGGGGAAAUGUUCCAGAAAGCUGGUCAAGAGUCAUCCGGUCCUGAUUCUUGGACCUUCAAGGCUUCAAGCAUUGAAUCUGUGUUUCAUGUUUGUGCAUUGCUUAUAUAUGCUAAUUGAAGCUGAAGCUGUUCUUAUAGGAAAGGAUAAUGAAGCCAUUCUCUCUUGGAUGCAAGUUUUCCCUAGUCCCAAAUAUUUAUUUACAAGAUUCAGGAAGGUUUAAUUGUCCAAAAUGAGUCAUGUAUACUUGAUAUUGGUGAGUUAUAGUGAAGCUCCUGUUUCUCUUGAA